AUGUCAAUUUACCAGACUCAGCUACAAAAGUUAGACUCUGGUCUUUUUAAACCAUUAAACCAUAUUCAUGUCAAAUUACCAGAUGCAGCUAUAAUAGACUCUGGUCUUUUUAAAUCAUUGACCCAUAAUAUUGUCAAGUUACCAGAUGCAGCUACAAUAGACUCUGGUCUUUUUAAACCAUUAAACCAUAUUCAUGUCAAGUUACCAGAUGCAGCUACAAUAGACUCUGGUCUUUUUAAAUCAUUGAACCAUAAUAUUGUCAAUUUACCAGACUCAGCUACAAUAGAUUCUGGUCUUCUUAAACCAUUGAACCAUAUUCAUGUCAAUUUACCAGAUUCAGCUACAAUAGACUCUGGUAUUCUUAAACCAUUACACCAUAUUCAUGUCAAAUUACCAGAUUCAGCUACAAUAGACUCUGGUAUUCUUAAACCAUUACACCAUAUUCAUGUCAAUUUACCAGAUGCAGCUACAAUAGACUCUGGUAUUCUUAAACCAUUACACCAUAUUCAUGUCAAAUUACCAGAUGCAGCUACAAUAGACUCUGGUCUUCUUAAACUUAGCCUUGGAAACCGACGUUCACUUAAAACGUGUCGAGAUUAA